AUGCCAAGCGACACCUACUCCUCCUCUAUGCUGCAAACAUAUUCUGUCCGGACGGCAGCGAACACAUCCGCCUAUUUCGUCCCGAGAAUCAAACCCGAUAUGAACAUUCUCGACAUUGGUUGCGGACCAGGCUCUAUCACACUUGACUUGGCCGCACUGGUUCCCCAAGGGACUAUUACCGGCAUAGACUGCAGCAUUACUGCGAUCGACUCCGCCCAAAAUCUCACUCAGAAACGACAAGUUAAAAACGCGUCCUUCAAAGUGGCCGAUGUUCUGAAUCUUCCCUUCGAAGACGAGACGUUCGACAUUGUCUGUGCGCACCAAGUUUUAAUUCAUCUGCCGAACGAAACCCCUCGGGUUGGCGCUGUGGAAGGCUUGAAGGAAAUGAGACGCGUUUGCAAGCCGGGAGGCUUAGUCUGUGCCAGAGAAUGCGAUUGGAGGAGCGCUGUCAUUCAUCCCCCGGUUCCCGAGGUACUGGAAGCCAUGAAAUUGGUGGAGGGUCUGACUGCUUUGAAGCGAACGUCGCCGUACGGCGGAAUGGCUCGGUCGUGGGCUGAGUCUGCCGGGUUCAAAGCAGCAGAUAUCGAAGCUUCUGCGGCGGCGGUUUACUAUACAAGUCCCGAGGAGGCCAGAUGGUGGGGUGAGACCAUGGCUCAACGUCUGGAACAAGGUUCUUCGCUUGACAAAGGAAUCAAAGAAGGACUCAUAUCUCAAGACCAAAGAGAUACGCUUCCUUUGGGUUGGAGAAAGUGGUCUGAACAAUCUGAUGCCCUCUUUUCCAUGACAGAUGUUCAAAUCGUCUGUAAGAAAUGA